AUGAAUUUGUCUUACGAAAAAAAUACGACAGGAGCGCCAACAUUAACUGACGAAAGUGACGUUGAUUCAAUAACAAAUAUAUUAGUUGCAAAUAAUAUUCAAUAUGUCAUUCUUCAAUCAUGUCAACUUCUUGCCAUUCCCUGCUAUUUAUUUCUGUUUUACCAUUUCUGGAAAACACCAACAAUUCGAAAAGGUAUCGAUAUGCAUGUAUUUAUACUGAUUGUUAUAUUAAAUUUUAUUACACUAAUUGGCGAUCUUUCCGUUUUUCUUAAUUAUAUACGCACGAACUCAGUCUGGUUGCACACUCAUUCGUUCUGUUUAUAUUGGAUGUGGAUAGAUAAUAUCUGCUAUACUUUGGGCAUGUGGUUAACAACUUGGGCAUCGAUUGAACGUCAUAUUUUGAUAUUUCACAGAAAUUUAUUAAACACUCUCAAACAACGUCUAAUAGUGCAUUACAUUCCUCUAACAUUUUGUAUUGCCUACUGUUGCGUGUAUUCAUCAUACUUGGUCUUUGGGUAUCCGUGUGAAAAUGUAUUCGACUAUACAUCAGUUCUCUGUGGUUCUACAUGUGCAUACGGUGAUUUUUAUCUCGCACAGUACGAUACAAUUGCCAAUUCGAUAGUCACAACUAUUCUUAUUGUUUUAUGUAGUAUUUCUCUGUUAUUUCGCGUUCUAUGGAAAAGGCGUCACUAUCGUCGAGGAUUACAAUGGACUAAAAUUCGAAAAAUGACUAUACAACUUUUGUCUAUAUCUUCUCUCUAUAUGAUUACCACGAUUCCUGUUAAUACAGAAUAUUUAACUGGUUUUGUAUCGGAGGAUAGUAUCGCUUACUCCUAUCUCUCCAAUAUGAUGUAUUUACUCUAUUGUGUGCUACCAUUUGUUUGUCUCACCACUUUACCAGAACUCCGAAAAAAAUUACGCAUAUGCCGUAUUCAUCGUCGCAAUCGUGCUGUUGCACCUACUUUUCUUUUCCAUAGAGGAUCAAAUACUAUUCGCACGGCACCUUCAUUGAAUAAACAAUAA